AUGAGCUUCGGUCACACAGGUCUCACAGAGGCGGUGCUCUCCUACAAAGCACCUCAUCCACUCGUCAAGGAGUUUGAACCCCCCAAGGAUCGUGCUUUCUUUGCCGAUCCUGAGAAAAAGUCGUUGUUGGCCGCUGUGAAGCAGGUUCGAAACCUGACUCCAUAUGUCGGGACUGAGCUUGUUGGGAUUCAAUUGAGUCAGCUCACGGACGCCCAGAAAGAUGAGCUGGCAUUAUUGGUCGCAGAGAGAGGUGUAGUAUUUUUCAGGGACCAGGAUCUCACCCUUGAGCAACAGUAUGAGCUCACUAAGCAUUAUGGUAUACAAGAUCGUGAUCCUAAUCAAGUGGAUCCUCGACAUGUAACCAUCCUCGGACGGAACAAUGAUAUUCGAGCAUAUGCCGACUAUGGAGGAGAUUAUCACUCCGACCAUUCAUAUGAAGCGAAUCCACCGGCUUACACGAUGUUGCGCAUGAUUCGAACGCCUGACGCGGGUGGAGAUACGACGUUUGUCAGUCAAACGGCCCUUUUUGAUAAAUUGAGCCCAACUUUCCAAAAGUUGUUCGAGGGUCUCCAUGGUGUGCACAGCUCGGAGCACGGAUUUGUGAACUCGAUUAAUGGAGGUAACAAGCCCUUCCGCCCACCUCUCCGACGUGAACAUCCACUGGUCCGCACGCAUCCUGUGACCAACUUGAAAUCUCUAUUUUAUAACCCAGCUUUCGUGAUCCAUAUAGCAGAGCUGAAGGGACAGGAAAGCAUUCAUACUCUCAGCUUCCUGCGCGAGCAUCUUCAUGCUGCUGACGAUUUGACUGUGCGAUGGAAAUGGGAGCCCGGCAGUGUUGCAUUCUGGGAUAAUCGUGUCAUUGCGCACAGAGCCAUCCCAGGAGGCUAUGACCCCGCUACAAGAGAGGGUAAACGAACGGCUAUUUUUGGAGAAAAACCAUUUUUCGAUCCGGCCAGCGAGACCUUGAGCGCGCGCAUCAACCGUCAAGGAGGCGAGGUUGCUAAGCGUGAAGUGGUCAAGCUUCACUUCAACAGCCCUCAUGUAUGA